ACGAUGCAUAUGUACACUACAUAAACAGAAAACAUUUGUUAUCAGUUUUUUUCAAAAAUCAAUGUGAGGACUCUACAAAAAUGUUGUUAAAGGACUAUGUUGGAAGGCGGUGGGUAGACCAGAAAUGGUUUGUGAAAAUAAAUCUUGGAAUUCAGAUCUACCUCCUACUGACUGGUAUAGGGUGUUGUCUGGUAUCCUCCCUACUAAUGAACAGAUCAGACCAGGAACAGAACUCGUGUAAUCAGACACAGAUCUCAGAGAAUGGAACAAGCUCCAUCCAGGUUCAAAUCAGAAAUUAUGGUUUCAAGGUACAGAGAGGAGCAGAGUUUGAACCGAGCGCUGUAUCUCUGAUGGUAUACGGAGUAAUGCAAACCAUCCCUUCCAUUCUCUGUCUUGGUGUUCAUAUGCUCUAUGGAUAUAUUGCCAGGACUGCGUUUAUUCUAGUUCAUUUAUUGGGAACUAUUAUACAGAUCAUCUCAGGAUCUGUAGCUCUUGUGUCAACAGGACUAAUAAUACCGCUAAUAACCAACUGCUCUGAACCUUCAAGCUUAGGUUUUACGCAAGGUUUGACUGUGCUGGUGGUGGUUCUUGUAAUCUCAAUCCUUCUUCAUAUUAUCAUCAUCACACUUCUCCUUACAGUAGAUUUCAUCAGUAUUAUAAAGGAUUCUGAUCCUCCAAAAAUCCGUCUGGACUCCUACCGAAGCCCAGCAAUGUAUAUGAGUAGAGGAGAGCUACAGGAAAUUAAAGAUUCAACAGAUUUGUUGAAACUCCAUCACGUGCUUAGAACCCGGCUCCCCUCCUUGAAGAGCAAUCAUCCAACCCACCCUGCUUCUCCAGGUUUCCUAAACAGUCUGGCAGAUGUUCCUCUCUCUCCUUAUCUCAAAGAUCCGUCUCUAGGUGCUGGGUUCUUCCUUGCUACCGGAGAAACUAAACUCGCAUAGAAUUUUAAGUUCUUCCUUGCUACCGGAGAAACUAAACCUGACUUUGUGUUCUAGUUCUUAGUUCUACUACCGGAGAAACUGAAAUUCAUCUAGUUCUGAGUUGUUGGUUAUGAGUGAUACAGGAGAACCUAAACCGACAAUUUUAGUAAUUAUUUGCAAACCUUACACGAAGAAGCGAUGCAUAUAAAAAUUGUUGUUUAGGCUUAAUGCUCUCAUAUUGGUGACUUAUUUUAAUUUUUCCUUUAGAAAUUGUAAUUUCGUUUUAUAGUGUAUGAAUUCUAAAUGUAAAAUAUUUCACAGCAAUUUAAUAAAAUUUUAAAACUAAA